AUGACGCGGAACCCCUCAGUCUCCUCCGACAGCGAGGACUCCUCCAAAAAACGGCCGUCGUCGUCCAUUCUCGGAAUUUCACGCUCCAUUGCAGCGUGUCAACGCUGUCGCACUAAGAAAAUCCGCUGCGACCAGAACUUUCCGGCCUGCGCUAAAUGCGCCAAGUCGGGCGUCGAAUGUGUGGGGUUGGAUCCGGCCACUGGGCGCGAAGUCCCACGGUCAUACGUGAUCCACUUGGAGGACAAAAUCGCCGAGCUCGAGAUCUUACUCCGUGAAAACGGUAUCGACCCAGAGGCCAAGCGGCAGAAGGUGGAGCGGCCCGAAGGGCAAGUGAAACACCUCGAACCGGAGAGGGAGGCGGCAACCAUUCUGCCAAUGUCCAGCGCCCCUACAUUGGUAGGUGCCAGUUCAGACGUCUCCUUCUCACGCCUCAUGUUUUCGACGGUUAAUUUUAACAACGCCGAACACGACCCAUCCAUCACCAGCAGUCCAUCCACGUACCCGGCACUCCUCCCGCCGAAACAAAUUGCGCAAGAGUACCUUAAAAUAUACUUCGCGCAGACCAACUCGCAACUCCCCAUCCUUCACCGUGAACAGUUCAUCGCCAAGUACUGGGAUCCGAUUUACGGCCAGCUCGGUAAAGUGUCCCUUGCCUCAGAUUACACAACCACCUCCAUGCCACUGCGAGUCGCCGAGACCGAUACCUGGGACUUCCGCCUCAGACAGCACAUCGACGCCUUCCAGAAGGACAACGCUGGCGGUGACUACGUAGACCUCAUGCGGUAUGUCGACGGGCUUGUUGUCCCCUCCGAGUUCGUUAUUCCGCUCUACUUCCUCAAUAUCAUCUUUGCUGUAGCACUGUCAGCGCUCCAUCUUCAAUACCCGGCAGAAAUUCUGGACGGGUUUCGCUCUGCCGCCCUCCGAUCCAUGGACGUUGUUUAUUCCUCGCUGGACAGACUUGAAUCGCUUCAAGGAAUCCUUCUCCUCACACUCUACUCGAUGAUGCGGCCUGCACAGCCAGGGGUGUGGUACGUGCUCGGUCUGGCGCUUCGCCUAUGCGUAGAUCUCGGUCUUCAGAAUGAACUGGGUAACAAGAAACUCCUGGGGUUCGUCAAAGACAUGCGCCGGCGCUUGUUCUGGUGUACCUACUCUCUCGACAGACAGGUGUGCGUUUAUCUCGGGCGCCCGUUCGGGAUUCCUGAGGGGUGUGUCAACACGCAGUUCCCUUCUGAAUUAGAUGACAUGUUAAUCGUGGAAGAUUCUACGGCGGAUUACCUGGAAAACGCCAGCGGAAUUCCUACCUACAAGGUGGUGAGCCUUGCAAUGUUCAAGAUCCGUCAGAUCCAGGCGGAGAUUCAACAAAUCAUGUACGAGGGCAACGAGCUACCGCGGGCUUUCUCUAACCUCGCGUCCUGGAGCGAAUACAUUCUGAAAAAACUUGACAAUUGGCGGCUCAACACGCCAAACGCGCCGCGCAAGAUGAACUGCGACUUUAACUUGGAGUUUUUCAAUUUGUCCUACAACCACACGUUGCUCAUGCUUCACGGCUUGAGUCCGCGGAGCCCCAAGUUCAGCUUUAAUGACUACCGCAUUGCGACAGAGGCUGCCAAACAGGUCAUUAUCACGUACGACCGUAUGUUAGCGAUGCAGCUGAUUAAUUACACGUGGGUAGCCGUGCACAACUUGUUCAUGGCCGGGGCAUCGUACCUUUAUUCGGUGUACACGUGUGACGACCUUCGAGAGUCCAUCUCUUUGAAAGAAUUGAAGCGCAUUACGAAUACGGCGGUGAACAUUUUCCAAUCUCUCAGGGACAGAUGCGACGCGGCCACUACCUGCAAGGAUACCUUUGAGUUCCUC